GCACUGUGUGCCGUGGUAGUCUGUCUGUCUUGAUAUCUCAGUUUGACUGCAUGUAACUGUUUUGGCAUUGCCAAUUUUCGUUUUUCUACUUGGAUAUAAAUGACUGAUAGCCAAAUGGUUUCCUCAGAUUUUACAGCAGAUGAGAAGAUGGAGAUUGAGAGCAUUAAGACGUAUAAGAAGGACCUUCUGGAUGAUAUCCAGAAGUUGAAGAUGCAGAUAGACAACGUCAUGGCGGAUAUACUCAGCUUUGAGUCAGCAGAGGAAAACAAAACCAUAGAAAAGAGUAAACAGUUCUCAAAUGGGAAGAAGAAAUUCAACAUGGACCCCAAAAAGGGUAUCAAUUACCUGGUGGAGAAUAAACUGCUAAAUGGAUGUGCACAGUCCAUCGCUGAGUUCCUGUACAAGGAGGAGGGACUCAACAAGACAGCCAUUGGAGAAUUUCUUGGAGAGAGGGAGGAGCUUCACCUCCAGACCCUGAAGGCCUUCGUGGAGCUGCACGAAUUCUCCGACCUCAACCUGGUCCAGGCCCUCAGACAGUUCCUGUGGAGUUUCCGUCUGCCUGGUGAAGCCCAGAAGAUCGACCGCAUGAUGGAGGCCUUCGCCACGCGCUAUUGUGACUGCAACACUCAUGUCUUCCAGUCCACCGACACAUGCUACAUCCUGUCAUUUGCCAUCAUCAUGCUCAACACCAGCCUCCACAACCCCAAUGUGAAAGACAAGACCACUCUGGAGCGUUUCAUCUCCAUGAACAGAGGCAUCAACAACGGAGAGGAUCUACCCAAUGACCUGCUCUCGAAACUGUACGAGAGCAUUCGCAACGAGCCUUUCAAAAUCCCAGAGGAUGAUGGGAAUGAUCUGACUCACACCUUCUUCAACCCUGACAGAGAAGGCUGGCUCCUCAAACUUGGAGGGCGGGUUAAGACAUGGAAGAGGCGAUGGUUCAUCCUGACUGACAACUGUCUCUACUACUUUGAGUUCACCACUGACAAAGAGCCCAGAGGCAUCAUCCCUCUAGAGAACCUCUGUGUGAGAGAAGUGCCAUAUCCCCGCAAACCGUACUGUCUGGAGCUGUACAACCCCAACAGUCGAGGACAGAAGAUCAAAGCAUGUAAAACAGAGACGGACGGCAGAGUGGUGGAGGGGAAGCACCAGUCCUACACCAUCUGUGCUGCCAGCGCAGAGGAGAGAGACUCCUGGAUCGAGGCCAUCAGAGCAAGUAUCACCAAGGAUCCAUUCUACGACUUGGUUUCAGUCCGUAAGAAGAAGGUGAUAAACCAAGCUCCUCAAGACUGAACUGUCCAGCGCCCCCUAUGGACGUUUACAGUACUGCACCACAGUGGGAUUCAGCCCCACUUUAAGUUGUAUUUAACACCCCGCAACACAACUGAGCAGGGACACUGGAGACUAGACACUGAUUCUGGUCUGUGAUCUUUGACUAAAAGAUGGACUUCUCUUUCCACUUCUCUUUUUUACAGACUGAACAAAACAGUGUCAAAGGUGAACAUGUUGACUCAUAUUUGUUGCUCUCACUGUCAGCACAACAAGCUACGUAGAACUUGUCAAUGUGUCUGUCCAAGAAGUUGAUUUUUUAGUUGAUAUCUGUGCUCCACAAGAUUAUGUUUCUAGGAUCAAGAGGACAAAUUAAGCAUGUGAUGUCAGAUCAACUGUAUGCAUGAUCAGUAGAUCACCAAAGCUCUAGAUCAUACGCUACUGUUCUGGUUAGGUGUCAUUUAAGGACGGUUGCUUAUGCUUCAUUUUGUAAAUACAGAUAUAUUUUCAAACAUUUAAGGAAAUUCUUUUUUUUUUUUUAAUAAUGACAAUUUCUAGUACUUUAUAGAUUGGGAUGGUAUUUGCCUUAAAAUGCAGAGAACUUGUUCCAAUCAGUCCAACCCUGCAUUUUCUUCUAUUUUACGUACUGUACCUUCUUAGCAUAGUGCAAUAAGUGCAGCCUGCAUUCUGUCUUUAUUUGAUUUAAUUGCAAUGUGUACACUGUAAUAUGUGAAAGAAAUCUGUUAGCUGUACCUAAUAUUUUGCAUCAUUGUAAUUAUUGCAUGUUAUGUUCUCGUGAAUUAUUUAAUAAAAAGUAUUCCAUUGCCUGUUGA